UCCUUGGCAGCUUGGCUGAUCUUCUGUAUCCAUGAAGGUAACAAAAGAAGAAUGUAUGGGGAUGACCGUCACUUACCAAUACCUCGUUUGCUCAAUCCACCAUUGAAAGAAGGUUAAAUACUGAGUCUGCUAACAAAGAACUAACCCUGGAAGCUUUAAAGAUGACCUGGGGAGAGACUUACCAGAUGCCCCUCAACGUCUACAUCGCUGGGCUGGGAGUCGGCCUGUUCCUCUUCGUGCUGACCGUCAUCUGCUGCUGCUGCUGUUUGUUCAGGUUGAGACGAUAUAAAACAAGGGAGCACUAUGAAUACAACGAGGUGAUUUUGAAACGAGUUGGAAAGAAGACUUUCCAAAGUCUCCUUGGACAGAUGUGUGCCGUUUGCUUGGAGGAGUUCCGCAUGCGUGACCAGCUCGCGCUCUGCCCAUGCUCUCACACCUUUCACACAAAGUGUCUGCUGAAGUGGCUGGAGAUACGUAGCCUUUGCCCGAUGUGCAACAAACCUGUGUAUAAGGUGCCACUCACCGGCCCACAGGAUAUCAUCAACUUCCAGGUUCCCCAGGACCUGUGAAAGGGGAGUGCUGGUGGCUUACUGGAACCAACAUGGCGAGCAUCAAACCACCUUCCUAGAAGCCCAACCUCAGCCUCCUCCUUCUGGACCUCCUGGAUCCUGGUCUCAAAAGACAUCGGAACUAAGCUGAUCUGCAUUCCGCUCUGCUUUCCUGAGGGAGCCUCAUUAGGAAGAACCAUCAGACAGGAGGCUGUGGUUCAGAGGCCUCCCAGUGAAGGAACCAGAGCCCCAGCCUUCAUCCUGGAGGUUGACUCCAUGCUCCCCGAGGUCAUCAGCAACAUCUCGUCCUGAGGAGUUCUCUGCAGGUGUCAAUACAAGGCAACAGAGGACCUGCUCCGAAUGAAGCCCCCAGAUGCAAAAGAACCUCAGUGUCCCACACAGUGAAUAUAUCUACUACACAGGUGGAGUGGAGGGUGGAACGAGGCAACUUCAUUAGCACCUCGGGGCGAAAGGAGAAACAAACUAAACAACAUUCAAAUUACAGUUUUGCUUUCUAAAUUAAAUACACAAUAAUGUAAACUGUCAGGAUCAUUGCUUUCAAACGCAGACCAACCUUGCUUUCUACUCAGAUAAUCACAGGUAGUAAAGGGCUUUGCCCCCUGACCUCAGCCCUCUUCCUAGACCUGCCAAUUCCACACACAUGGAGACAUGGCGGAGCCUCGAACGCUGGUCCCAAAGGUAUGAGGUGACAAUGCUCACCACUGCACCACCAUCCUUUCCUCAGGAUGUGGAGGCAACAAUCCAACACAUUUUGUAAUUGCACCAAAGUAAAUGUAUUUUUUUGUGAAAAGAGUCUGAUGAGUAAACCUUUAGUUUAUCUUCA